CCUGACUAAAAUUCAGACGUGUGAGAUGGUGCCGAGCAGUAGCGCAUCACGCUCGACCAGUGUCGAGGACAUGGCCGCGUCGCUGAAGAAGGAGCUACGGCGCCGUAUUGGAACAAUGCUCAAAGCGCUACCGGAUGCCGAGGUGAUAGAGCAAAGCCGCCUGUUGUCCGAGCAGAUAUGCGCUUUGCCGGAGUUCGCGCGAGCUCAUGGCAUCAGUGUGUACCUGGAGAUGCCCAAGGAGGCGGCCACGUCCAAGAUUUUGGAGGCCGCAUUCGUAGCGGAUAAGAAGGUUUUUGUGCCCAAAAUAAUGGGUCGAUCGGCCGAAGACCUGAAGAUGCUUCAGGCGACAUCGAUGGACGACAUCCGCAGCUUUCCCAAGGAUAAAUGGCAGAUUCCAGACCCUCCUCUACUAUUGGGUACCGGAGUGCCGCGUGACGAUGCUGUGCAAGGCGACGAUCUGGAGCUCGUGCUACUGCCAGGCGUUGCCUUCGAUCGCCGAGGAGGACGUGUGGGCCAUGGAAAGGGUUACUAUGACUCGUUCCUGAGGCGCCUGACUGAGCACUACGACGCCAUCGGACACCCGCCGCCCACAACUAUCGGCCUCUGUCUGGCGCCACAGCUCGUUGAGCAAGUGCCGUUAGCUGCGCACGAUAAAAUGCUCGACCUGGUGGUGACUCCAACCGAGGUUAUCCGUCCACAAUAA